AUGGCCGGGCGAGGGCCGCCACCGCCCGGUCCGUCACCCGGUCCACCACCAGGCCCGCCACCGGGUCCACCUCCGAAUCCACCGCCUCCACGUACAAGCCCAACACCGCCUCCACCACCGUCACCACCCGCAGCUACGGCCGCUUUGAACUCUAAUAGAUCCGCUGGUCUAGCUCGUCAGCAGCCCGCAUCGACGUCUUCGAUCGGUAGUGGCUCACAUCAAACCAGCUCGACCUCCAAACACGAGCCUGCAUCAGCGACAACAGCAGACGACAAGAGAGCAUUUGCGCUCGAACGCACGUCGCUACUACAGCAGCUCGAAAUCGACCGUAUCCUGAGCGCGUUCCGUCUGAACCCCUACGACGUCCUCGAAGUGCCUCUCGAAGCCGAUGAUAAGGAGAUCAACAAGAUCUACCGCAAAAAGUCACUCCUCAUCCACCCGGACAAGGUUAAGCACGAGCGAGCAGUGGAGGCAUUCGACCUGCUCAAAAAGGCAUCCACCCACCUGCUCGACGAAGACAAACGCAAAGCGCUGGACGAGACCGUCAUGGAUGCCAGGCUGAUGGUUCUCAAGGAGCUCAACCUUCCAUUUGCUACGGCGUACGACGAUCCACGUCUGGUCGAUCUCAAUCCUAUCUGGGAAGAGCGCGUUCGCAGUGCGACCAAGGAGCUCAUGGUGGACGACGAGCUGCGUCGGAGGAAGGCGAUUCGCAUCCAGCACCAGGCAGAGGGAGAGGUGCAGAGGAAGAAGGAGCAGGCGGUGGAAGAGCGUAAGCGAAAGGCGGAGCAUGAUGCUGCCUGGGAGCAGACCAGAGAUCAUCGUGUGGCUGAUUGGAGGGCUUUUCAGAAGGGGGGCAAGAAGAAGAAGAAGUCGGACGCAGGUGUACUUGGCUGA